UGUAUUAAAGUUUUAGUUUGUAGGGUUUUUUGAAAUGCAUAUGUAUUUAAAUAGCGAGUGAAAAGUGUGUUGUUGCUGUGAUUUUUGAUUCACAACGUUCGAAAUUCGGUUAGAAUAAAAUGUAAAUUUUAAGUUGAUUGUGCCGAAAUAUGCAAUUCUUCAAUUAACAUUAAUAUUGAGAAAUUACAAAGUGAUUAUCAGUGUAGAGUCGGAGAUAUUUAUGCAAUUGUUAUAGAUCUAAAUCUCAGUGGGUUGAUAUUUGUCCUUCAGUGCUAGCCAAGGCUAAUUUCCAAUAUUUCAUCUUUUAGUGUUAAAAUAGCGCUUCUAAUACGCUUAUUCAACAAAGGUUUGGACUGAAAUAUGUAUGUAGUAGCUCCUCAUCCUGAAACAACUUGCAAAGCUGUAUUUUAACCUUUUCGUUGCUGUUACGAGAAGCGUUGAAUAGUCUUAAAAUUAUCAAUUUUCUGGAAUUAUUACGUAGUUCACAAUAAAAAAAUGUGUUGUGAGUUGUGUAGCGUCACACAGCGUAAAGCCUGGGUUUUUGGUUUUGGAACCUUCUUUGCGGCUCUGGGCAUUGCUUUACUGAUAUUUUGGAAUGGCAUUGCGGAUACCAUUAUGCAAAAUAACUUAAUGCUGAGAGUCGGCUCUGAAUCCUAUAAGAAUUGGGUAGAGGCACCAAUUCCAAUUUACUUAGAAUUUCAUAUGUUUAACUGGACGAAUCCCGCAGAGAUACGAAAUCCGAAUGUCAAACCUCACUUUGUUGAAAUGGGGCCAUAUGUAUUUCUUGAGAAACAUUUGAAGCAGAAUAUUACUUUUUAUGAAAACAAUACAGUCUCGUACUUUGAGAAACGCACUUGGUUCUUCGAUGAGCAGCGAUCUGGCGGAUCUUUGGACGAUAUGCUAACAGCGGCCCAUGUCAUAACAGCAACCGUUGCCGAUGAGAUGAGACACAGAAACAAAUUUAUGAAAAAAAUUCUGAACUUCAUGUUGAAUAAUGAAGGUGGUGAACUGUAUACGACCAAAACGGUACGCGAGUGGAUUUUCGAGGGAUACAAGGAUAAAUUAAUCGAUUUCUUAAACCUUUUCAAUACAACGAAAAUAAAUAUCCCCUACACUCGUUUUGGUUGGCUCGUAGAUCGAAACGAUUCCGCCGAAUAUGACGGUCUCUUCACGAUACAUACUGGUGUCGAUGACAUGGCCAAUUUGGGUCAUUUGACGCAUUGGAAUCAGAAGACUGAGACUGGGUUUUACAAGGCACCAUGUGGCACAGUUAAUGGCACUACCGGCGACCUCUUUCCACCGCAUUUGAGUCCUCUACAGGAGAUUACUAUCUUUGCAACGGAUGCGUGUCGUUAUAUGAAUUUGGCACCGAAUGGAACUAUUGAAAGGUAUGGCUUAACGGGAUACAAUUGGGUUGGAACGACCGAAACACUUGAUUCUGGCGAAAACUAUCCGAAUCAGAAAUGCUUCUGUGAUUCAAAUUCCGACGAAUGUCCAAAAACGGGUGUCGUAGAAUGUAAAAAAUGUCGUAAUAAUGCCCCGAUUUAUGCCUCAUUUCCACACUUCUAUUUGGCUGACUCCGCCUAUCUGAAUGCUGUAUCAGGAUUACAGCCGGAUGGGAGUAAACAUAGUUUCAAUUUAGCCAUAGAGCCAACCACUGGUAUUCCGCUCGAAGUGAAUGGCCGUUUGCAAAUUAAUAUGAUGAUCCAACCAGAUCCAGAUUUUGAUAUAUACCGCGGUGUGCCGAAAUUCCUAAUGCCCAUGUUUUGGUUCGAUCAGCGUGCGGAAUUAGAUGCAAAGUUAGCCGGUAGAACGAAACUUGUUCUUGCGUUGGGUGGCUACGGAUUCUAUACUGGAAUCGGUUUUAUAACGAUUGGUGCUAUAUUUUUCAUUGUUGGCAUAGUUUUAACAGUCACCAAGCGAUGGAAACGAAUACCAAAUGAUGAUGAAGACAUGCUUACAAAUUAAGCCCUCAGAAGAGAAGAAGUUAAAAUGUAACUUGUCUGUUAUUUAAUGAACGCAUAGCUAUGCCUAUAUAAUUUUUGUACAAAAUCACGUUAGCAGUAGCCAAAGUGCCAGAAAGUUAUUCUAGUAAUGGAACAAAUCUGUGAAUACUUGCACAUUAUACUUAUUGCUCUUAUAUGCUUAUGUUAUUAUAUAUUCACCUGCAAGCCUAUUUUGUUUUGUCUGGUUUCUCUUUGUAAAUUUUUAUAUUCAUUACAAACAAAGAGUUAUGUAGAGGAUUACGUAUUUUUAGUUAAAGAAUAAAAAAUAAUAUAAAUAUUAUAAAAAUACAACUUUUAUCAAGUGCUGUAAAAGUUUUGAUCUUGCUAAGCCUAAGAAAGUAUUUGAUCAAAGUAAAUUCUGGUUCAUACAUUUUUCGAGCCUGAUCGAUGCAAGCAUUGUUUUUCGAUAAAUAUGAUGGUGUUUUCGUGGCCAUUUUCACGGAAAUACUUUACAAGAGGAUAAGGAUUUGAUAAGGAUUCUUAUUCGCCGUUUAUCCAUCUGAAAAAAAUCGAAGGGUGCUAUCUAAUUCGAAAAUAGCUACCUAGCUACCUACCAAAGUAAAUGGCACUGAUGCACGAGGACGGCUCCAGGGGAUUGGUUACUCAAAUGUUUAUUGUAAACUGAGUUAGAGCAACUGCCACACAUGUUUUUCUUUAAUCGCUCCGCUCGGGCGCAUAGGAUCUCGACAAGACUCUUCCAUCGUACACGGUUCUGGGCUGUUGUAUUCUGGUACUCUACUCGAACACCUUGCGGGUUCCAGUCCAGUGCCAUUCUCGUGAGGAUAUCUGGUAGUUUUCUAAGUUUGUGACCUGACCAUUGCCACUUUCUCUGCUUGAUUUGCCAUAGAAUGUGUUUCCCAUUCCUUGAUCGCCACAGCGCGAUGUUACUGAUGGUGUUCGGCUAGAAUAUUCUACGGAUGAUGCGGAGGCAUUUGUUGACAAAAGAUUGUAGUUUCUAUGUGAUGGUGUUAGAGACUGGCCUAGCUUCACUUCCGUACUAAAUAUUGUUAAUUUAAAGCCUCUGAAGAUUUGCGAACUUACCCAUACUGUAUGCAUUCGCCCGAAUCCCACCCUUGCGUUGUUUAGCCUGCAGUUGGCGUCUUCAUCUGAUCCGCCGUCUGCGUGAUACUGCAGCCGAGGUAGCAGAAGAUUUUGACAAAUUACAUUGAAUGCCCUUCAACUGUUAAAUGUCUUGCUUUAUUGUGGUUGACUCGCAUUGGUGUUGUUGAUGUUGACCUCCAGUCCGACAUUGCGUGCCAGCGUGAAUAGUCUGUCCGCCUUCGCUUGUAUGUCAGUGAGCUUGAGAAAGAGGAGUCAGAUGUCAUCGGGGAAAUCCAGGUGUUCAAGCUGCCUGGUAAAACUCCAUUUCGAUAAAAUAGGAGUUCAUAAAAUACUUUACGCACGUCGGACAAAUAUCGUAUGUAUGUACAUAUAAAUUUGUAUUUAAAUUUGAAAAAAUUUUUGGUCUUUGGGUGUUUGGCCGAGCUCCUCCUCUUAUUUGUGGCGUGCAUCUUGAUGUUGUUCCACAAAUGAAGGGACCUACAGUUUCGAGCCGACCCCGAAUGGCAGAUAUUCUUUAUGAGGAGCUUUUUCAUGACAGAAAUACACUCGGAGAUUUGCCCUUGCCUGCUGAGGGACGACCGCUAUUAGAAAAAACGUUUUCUUCUCGUGAUCUAUAGUUCUUUUCCAGGUUUCUCUUAGCCUGCUAGGGGCUCUUCCUUUCACUGUGAGUGGGUUCCUUACCAUUGCCUUCUUAGCUAUUUUACAGUCCUCCUUGCGUAAAGUAUGACCAAUCCACUUCCAUUUCUGUCAUCUUAAUGUCUUAAAUGGACGAUGACUAGCUCGCUACAGCACACCGAUUAUGGUGACGACAUAUGCCUCCUGGCACAUCGCCUAGUCGAACUUAAGGUAAUGGGUUUCGCGCUUCAUACGCUCCCGAAUCGAAAAAGCCAGAGGGGCUUUCGGGAUGUUGUACUCUGUAUGGAGAAACUAAAACCUGACUUCCAGUUUAAAGAUUAGGUUCUAUAAGUCGAAUAUGCUAUCGGUAUUGCUGUACAGUAGCUCUAUCUGGAAAAUCACCACCGCCAUAACCAGUCGCUUACAAGCUUUUGACAAACGCUGUCUGAGGAUUAUACACAGAAUUUUCUGGCCAAAAAUAAUGCCAAAAAGGAAUUGUUCGAAAAAUCAAACAUGGAACCGUCUGCCAUUUGUGACUUUACAUACAAAUUUAAUUAUUUAUAGAUUCAAUAACCAACAAACUUAUAAGCAAAAUGCCUUUCGCGAUAAUUUACUGGUGUUUACUUACAAAAUCGGAUGACUUGUUAUUCGUUACACAAGUUUUUUACUUCAUAUUCAUUAUUAUGGUGGUGGUUGAAGAGUUGUCUGAUUGACACAGCCCAGAUCCAAUUAGCGCAAAUUAAGCCAUUUUUAUACACCACUUGUAGAACCACUGUUUUUUUGCUAGUCGAACCAUCUGGACUUACACUAUUAAUCUGUCUAUGCAGUCUAUUUUCUUUUCUGCAAUUUCUUUCAAGUUGACCACCGAGUUUCCCCAAGGCAUUUUUUGUUGUAGAGCACCCAGACUUGGACACUCACACAGAUAGUGAAAGACUGUUUCCUUAAAUUAUUCUUGAUUGCAGUUCUACAUCUAUUGUUGUACGGCCACCCCAUCUUCCUGGCACGGUCUCCCAAAUGCCAGUGGCCAGCUUGUGUUGACGUAAUUCUGAAUAAUUCUGCUUGUGGCUUGCUCAACAACUCAUCGGUUCUGGAUUUAUGGAAAUUGGGCCACGUUUGUUUAGUUAUUUUGCAGGUAUCCGUGUUGGCCAUCUGCCAACGGCCUGCUUCUGGAAUAACUUGAUCUUCCUUUUGCGCACGCCUAUUUCUAUCACUUCCGAUUCGUUAUAGGCUGCCCCCCUAAACAUAUAAUUAAACAUUCAUACGUAAUUGUGUGUGUGAAGUGUUACACUUUCACUUUUUCAGUUUAGCUGCGUUGAAAACCUCUGAAUAAAUAUUUUUCAAAUGUUAUAUUCAAGUUUUUAUUUAAAAUUCGUAUUUAUUCACUUUACGCUAAACAGUGGGAAUGUUUUUAAUAACUAAUUUAGUAUGCCUUUUAUAAGGUAAUUAGUACAUUUGUUUAAAUUUUCGUAUACCGUAAUAUUAAUUUGAUUGCCUAAUUGCUACAAUGGAAUUGUCUUAAUAAAAUAAAAAUACAAUUCAGUACAAACGUAUAAUUUUGAAUGCAUUACACAUAUAAUACAUAUAUAUGUAGGUGUGUUUUUUAGUAUUUUCACAUUUUUUGUUUGAAAUAUAUAUAUUUUUGAAAAGUUCUUGCUGCAUAGUUUUAUCUACUUUGCGGAAUUGCGAAACAGUAAAAGUAAUAUAAUAUAAUAAUAAAA